CGACGUCGUCAGUACAGGCGGCAAUGGAUCUCCCGGAGCUCAAGGGUUAUUUACGCAAGAAGUCGCGUCACGAUCGAUGGCAACGCCGCUACUUCGAGGCCACCACGCACUACCUAACCUACUACAAGAGUCGGGAAAGUGAGAAGCUGCUAGCUUGUAUCGACCUAUGGCGGACACAGACGAUCGAUUUUAACUCCACGGACGGCGACAAUCUCGAGUUCUCCAUCGCCAUCGGCGAGCAGUCGUAUCUUCUCAAAGCUGACAGUCAGGACGACGCCGCGCGAUGGGUUAAAGGACUCCAAGCACGGCAAUAUCGACCGGAAGGCACGCCCUCUGAGGUUUUCAGUCUUCGCAGCGAGCACAUGGACGCAGAGAGCGACGCGUCUAGUGAAUAUGGCGGUCGACGUCCUCGAAAUGCCUCGUCGGACUCGGGUAGUCACCGUUCGUCCUUGUCAAUGUCCUACGUCGAGACACAGAAUCCCGUAGUCCCAAAUGCCGCUGCUAUUGCCAGACUCUCGCUGUCCCACGCUGACGCUCCGAAUCCUGUGGUCCCGAACGCCAAUUUGAUCGCUCGAGCGUCAUUCUCGCACGCAGAAGCAGUCAAUCCUGUGCUCCCGAAAGCUAUUUUCCACUUGGACGAAAUCGUGCAGACAACCGACACCAGCGCCGCUAUGGGGAGCUCCGACGAGGAUGAGCGCAAGAAACGCAGUAUUAACGAGAUGUUCGGCGACGAAGACUCGGACGACUCUGGGGACGAGCAGAUCCCUCGCCCCACCACGACAACUACAGCCGACGCCUCGGGCUUGUUCGGCUCGGACUCGGAGAGUGACGACGAAGAGAAGUCUGCUAAACGUCCGUCGUCUCCACCCACUAAACGCGUCAAGAAGGAGGAGAAACGUCGCGAGGAAGGGGACGACUAUGACUCUGGAGACGAGGCCGUAGCCACCAAAGAUGACGACGAUUUCAUCGACCGAGACGACGAUCUAGCGGACGUGCUGGGCGAAUACGCCCAAGACCGUCAACAGUUCGAAGACGAGCGGCCAUUGGGCGAUCAGGAGCCCACACAGGAGCAGAAGGACGAUUUCUUCGAUCAAACGCUCAAGUCGCUCAAGACUGGGCGCUCUCGCUCCAAACUCAACUUGUCGCCGCAGGAGAUGGAGCAGGUCACGCAAGAAGUGCUCUAUCGGAUGGACAAGGCCUACGCGGACGACCUGGCCAGCAUCGCGGAGCGUCGACCAGCUCUCGAGAAGAUCAAGCUCGUGGACAACGCGCUGCAUAUUCUACGCAAGCUGCAGUUCCAGCCAAUGUUGCUGGAUUUUGACUUGCUCACGAUUGUGAAGAAAUGGAUCCAACCGCUGGACGACGGGACGUUGCCGAAUGUCGGACUGCGCACCAAGAUGUUAGAGAUGGUCAGCAAGAUGCCAGUGUUUAAGGAACAUUUGAAGCGUAGUGGACUUGGCAAAGUGGUUAUGGUGUUGAUGAAACACCCGCAAGAGACGCCGGAGAACAAGGAGCUGUGUCGCAGUUUGGUGGAGCGUUGGAGUCGCGCGGUGUUCAACAAGACGCUGGACUUCUCCAAGCUGGCGGAACUGGAAGCCGAGAAGGCGGAGAACGAGAUUUAUCGUCGUCGAGAGCGCGCACGCAGACAGAAGAAGUCAAAGAUCAAAGCGCGAGCGACCGAGCGCGGUGGCAACGUGUUCAACGGCCGCACAGCUGAUGCGGACGUCAAGCCGGACGUCUCAGAGCGUGCCGAGCUGCCAGAUCAGCUGCACAUCGACUACUUGCUGCGUCCUCAGUCUAAGAUCGACAUGAACGCUGUGCAAGCCAAGAAGGCGGACCCGGACUCUCGCAAGGCGCGACUGGCCAAGCGGAUGCAGGAGAUCGCGAGGCCAGGAAGGAAGACCAAGCGCGCUACCGGCGUCAGCAUCGAAGGCAGAUAAACAGCCAAUCGCCAGUCAAGGGCAGACAGGAGUUCGACUUGUGUAACUUGAUUUUUCCCUCUUGUAGUUGAUUUCUUUGCAUUUUGCAUACAUUUCCUUCACGUUUGUGCGACGAUGCUAAUAAAACACCUUUUUUUUUAAACUUAAAAA